AAAAUGAAGGAUUGGAGUUAAAAUUUAAUGUUGAGUUGCUGUCUUUUUUUGAUGCGAUUUCUGAUGAGGAAUUACAAAAAGAAAAUGUUGACUCUGAAAUUUGUUAUUAUAUAAUCACUCUUAUUUCUGAAGACGAUGAUUACUCAUGGGUUUAUCACAUUAAAAAUCAAAAAAAAACUUAUUUCUUACAUGUUGUGAUAAUAUUUGAAAUUAAAACUUUUAUUAAAGAUAAUAUUGAAAUUUCCGUACCUGAAAUCUGGCAUCAAAUUCAAGAAUCUUGUAUUAAUGGAUAUGAGAAUUUAACAGUCCAACAAACUUACUAUUGGUGGUCCAUUGAAUCUCGUAAAAGAUAUUGUCGGGAUUCAGAUCCUUUAUUGUUAGCUAAACAUUUGUUAGAAGAAUUUAAUCAAGAAAUUGUUGUAGACAACCUUAAUUCUUCUAUGCCUGUGCUAGAAGAAUCGAUUAUUAAGUAUGAAGUUAGUAGUGACAAAAAAGAAAACAAAUAUGAAACAGAGUUGGAGUAUUUGCAUGAAAUAUUAAACAAGACUAAAAUACUUCUAGAAGAGUCAUACAACAAACCUAAAGGACAUUUAUGGUUAAAAAAUAUUCAUUCAAAUUUUAAAUCAUUAGAAAAAAUGAACAAUGAUAUUGUGGCAUUAAAUAAUCAUCUAACAAUGCCAAAAACUUGGAAAGAUUUUAUUAAAAAUACAAUGUACUGGGUAUAA